CGCCGCUGUCCUCUCGCCAGGCCCUCUGGGAAUCGUAGUCUUCGGGAGCCACGGCGGGCUGGAGCGAGAUCUGUGGCCAUCGCGAUAUCCGUGCCGGUGGUUGCCGCGAUACGGCGGCGCUGCCCGCGGGUGAUGGCGGCUGAGGGGCCCGAGAGAAGUUGAAAAGGAAACAAGUAUGGCCAGCAGUAACAGACCUCCCACAGCUCGUUCUGCUUCAAGAGCAGGAAUAGGACUGACCUCUUCAUCAAGGCCUGCCUCUUCAUCAAGGACUCCGUCAGGAGGCAGAAUAGGAACAGCGAUGCCUCCUAGUACAGCAAGGCCUGGUUCUCGUGGUGGGUCUUUGACUCCUGGGGGAGUCUUGUCAUCUCAGAUUAAAGUUGCAGACCGUCCAGUGACUCAGCAGGGAUUAAGUGGAAUAAAAACUGCAAUGAAAGGUCCUCAGAGACAGAUAAUGGAUAAAACGUACUACCUUGGCAUGCUGAGAAAUAAAACAAACGAACUUACAGCAGAAAUUAACAAGCUGCAGGAAGAAGUAGAUAUGUACAAGCAAGACAAAUCUGUCUAUUUGUCCUAUGAAAAACGGGCAGAGGCUUUAGCUGGUGAAAUCAAAGAUUUUCAAGGUCAACUAGCAGACUACAACAUGGUUGUGGAUAUACUUAACACCAGUACAGAUAUGGCAGAAGUGAUCCAUAAUUACAAUAUGUUAAAGGUUCAGAAUGACCGAGAUGCUCAGUGUAUAGAUCAAAUUUUCACAAAAAGACAAGCCACAGAAAAGCUAAUUCAAGCUACAGUAGAAGAUAUUCAGCAUCAAAAGGUUGUGGCAGAUGACAUGAUAAAAUACAUGACACAGGAAAAUCAAGCUAAAUAUAUGGAGAUGAAAGCUGCUAAUGAGAAACUCUCCCAGGAAUUGGCUGUUCAACAGCAGGAAUUGGAUGCACUAAAUGUAAAGGAAGAGAGUCUCAGAGCUGAAAUAGCACACUCUGGGGUGAAACAGAAAGCUGUGGAGUUGUAUGAAAGGCUCCAUGAGCUCAAGGAACGUCGAGAUCGGAUGAUUGCUGAGGAUAAGAACAUGGAGUCUCCACAGGAGGAAAGAGAGAGAUUGCUAAAGCAGGUUAAAGACGAUAGUCAAAAAAUUGCAAGCAUGGAAAGACAGUUGGCAGAAGUAAAAGAAAAAACAGAUUAUUUAAGGAAGGUCAUUCAACGACUUGAUACGGAUCUGGAGAACCAUCAAGGAGAAGAAAAUUGGAAAUACAAGGAGUUGAAGAAGAAGGAAGAAAACAUGGACAAUUUCCUAGAGACUUUUGAAGAUGUAAAGAAUCAGGAAUUGGAACGAAAGGCCCAAAUAGAAGCCAACAUUGUUGCACUCCUGGAGCAUCUGAGCAGGAAUCUGAAUCAUAUGAAACAAAUUUCAUCUGUUACCAAUCAAGAGCUGAAGAUUAUGCAGGAAGACCUCACUUUCAAAUCAAAUGAAAUGCAGAAAUCACAGAGCACUGCCAAGAAUUUGAUUACAGAGAGUCAAAAACUGCAGAUGGAUCUACAGAAGAUGGAACUAUUGGAGGGCAAGAUGGUUGGUGAACUGGCUUCUCUUAAAGACAAAAUUGAACAGACAAAAGCAGAGUUGGAGAUCUACAAUAAUUUGCCAGCUCUGAAAGCAUCAGGAGAAGAAAAGAAAAAGAAACUCCAGAAUGACAAAGAAAAACUAACAAAACACUGCCAUGCUUUUAAGAAAAUAAUGGAGCAUUUGAAUACAGAGUAUGAAACACUAAAGAAAGAGCUGCAAGAAAAUGAGACCCAUUCUCAGCAUUUUGAAGUACAAAUAGUGUUCAUAAAUGUGGACAACGGGGGCAGUUUUGCAAGAGGUCAACUGGUCUUCAAGCAGUUACUACAAAACUACAUUGAAUCUUUUCUUUUCUGUGUGCAAGAUACUUACAAAUUUGGAGAGGAAGUGGCAGCACCUUGAGCAAAAUAACUUUAUGAUGAAGGAGUUCAUAGCAGCAAAAAUUCAAGAGAGUGACUACCAGCCAAUAAUGAAGAAUUCAAGAAAGCUGGUCAAAGAAUACAACAAAGCUCUCAUAGAAGCUUUACAGAACACCAAGAACUGAGCCUAGGCAUUUCCUUCCUGCCCAAGUGGACCAACAAUGAGAGAUGUGCAAAGGCCCCGUGGAAGGCCGAGAUCAUUCAUUCACCACUAGGGUGACAGAUAUUCUUAAAAUUGUUUUUCCAGGUUUUUACAAGUUACAGUUUUUAAUACGAUCCCUCCUUUUACACUGUUCAAAUUUUUUGGAAAUAAACAUCUGAAUUUUAGAAACAAAAGGGAAAAUAGUCCAAUGAGUUACUGAGACGCAUUGCUGAAUUGCAUCUCAAAUGUGAAAUUUUAGUCUGCUUUACACUCUGAAUUUCUAAUUGCAUUGUAAUCCCACUCCUGCCAAACAGAACAGGACUGCUUGACAGUCUGUCAUAUGCAUGAUCUUAAAUUAAUAAUAAGAUAAAUGGUAAUAUCAGCAUACCAUACCUAUACAGAUAGCAAUUUAUGCCAAGUAGGGAAAGCGUCUAAGGAUGACAAGCAUCUUUUAAAGUCAAAAUUGCUUCAUAGUGUAAAAUCUUACAAUAAAAGCAAAUGCCAGCAAAUUUGCAUUUCCUAAUGGACAGUUAACUUCCUUAUUUUUUAAGAUGUAAUUAUGAAGAGCAAACUCUGAUAAAAAGUAGUGAAACAUAGCUAACACUACUUUUACUGAUUUUGUGUGGAGCAUUUUACUGCUGUAGUACUCACUAGUAAAGGAAUAGCAGAGAAAAUUAUUUGUAUUUUCUGCAAUGGUUUUUUCCCUUCAGUUUCAAGCAGCAGUUUCAUAUGUAACCUCUGACAAAAAUCCACAAGAAGGAGUUUCAAGAUAGAAAAAAAAAAAGGAAUAUAGAAAGUAACAAUGUGCUUUAUGGUACAGAAAUUUCAGAAAAUGUUUAGAUAAAAAAGAAUUUCCAUUUGUCUCACAUUCUACAUGUAGUGUAGUUAUAAACUGCUUAUUGAUAGUUUCUUUCACCUGGUAUAUUGUAUGCUAGUCCUAAUCAAAUAGAAAAAGCACAGUUGACUACAGAUAGACAUUUUAGCUGAACAGUAAUCCAGCCUUGUAGAAAGAAACUACUAAAAAGCAGUGGGAUCUGGAUUUAUAGUUGUUCUGCUCUCUGAGAAAAGUUUUCCAGAAAAUAGGUAGACUAUGCAUCUUGCUUCAUGAAACUGGAGUAGAGAAAUUAUUAGGAAAUGUUCUGAGUCCAUUAAAAUAGUCCUGUAUUUCUGUCACUAAAUUUCCUCAAAUCUGUGAUUGUCAUUUUGAGUAUAAAUAAAUCUGUAAGCUAAAAAUAUUGAAGAUUUGUGCAGAAAGCACUGUGUUUGCUAAUUCAGCACACUGAAUGGUGUUGCUCUAUAUAUUUAGAAUAUUUAGAGAUACUGGAACAGGAUUUGUAUAAACUAAGGACUGUUAUCUAGGGGAAAUUCCCACUAAAGUCUCUUCCUUCCUGUCAGAGUUUCAGCUAUUCCAGAGAAAGCCCAUUAUUUGCAGAGAUGAAGCUUACUAUUCUCACCAACCAAAUCAUCAGCCAGAGAGAUCGCCUCUGAAUUCUACUUGUGCUGGAAUAACAUAUUGUAAUGAACAAUGGAAAAAAGCUGCAGACUGAAUAAACAGACUUUGCUUUCUCUCAGGUCAGGGGAAGCUUUUAUUCCUUGGUAGUGUUCCUGCAAGAUAGCAUGGUAAAGUUUACAGGUGUUUGCUGUGUUCCCAGGAGAUGCCUGUCAUGAAACCCCUUUCUCCAGCAUGCUGUUCUUUUCAUGGUUAUACUGAAGGAUCUUCAGAUAACCUGUUUCUG